CGUGGAGUGCUCAGUGAUGGGGUGAUACCAUUACAUUUCCCCGGAUUGUGUAUUAUAAAUUCGUGGACGAGUUGCAUGAGUUGCCAACCCGACUGCAGCUGCUAUGUUUGCUUUCGCCCGCCUUUUAGCGUUUGUCUCGGUCGCGGCACUUCUUUGGAGUGAAGGAGGCGUUGCUCGGCCCCAGCGACGCGCGCAGUGUGCGGCUACGUUGAGCACUGCAAAGGAUGUGGCGAACCGCCUGCAAUCCAGAUACUACAACACCCUCACCGGGCAGUACAACGAUGGCGAGCUCUGGACGGACUCGAACGCUCUCGAGGACCUGCACAACCUCAUGCUCGCCGAUGGCUCCGACGACUUCGGGGACGUCGCCGACCAGUCGUACAUCGGCAAGGCCGCGCUGAACUCAGGCACGAACUGGAAUGAUCUGCUGAACGGGAGCAACGACGAUGCGCAGUGGAUUAUCCUGGCGCUGUGGAAGGUCGCGGAUUAUAAGGCUGCGAAGGGGCAGGACGGGAGCGCGUAUGUGUCCAGCGCCGGGACCAUAUACGAUAUAAUCGCCGGGGAGUGGGAUGAUGGCACUUGCGGCGGUGGAGUGUGGUGGUCUACCAAACACGACUAUAAGAACUCCAUCACGAACGAGCUGUUCCUGCUGACCUCAGCGUACGGGUAUCUACGAAAUCAGAACCAGACGUACCUCGAUAAUGCCAACAAGGAGUGGAACUGGUUGAGCCAGAGCGGGCUACGGAACAGUGACGGGCUGUACAAUGAUGGGCUCGUCACAAAUACGUGCCAGAACAACGGGCAGACGACAUGGACUUACAACCAGGCCGUGGUAGCUGCUGGCCUCGGCGCGCUCGGGGUGGCCAAUCAAGAUACGUCGCUCUUCGACGAGGCGGAGGUCAGCCUGGAUGCGACGGUGAACCACCUCGCCUCGGGCGGCGUGCUCAAGGAGUCCUGUGAUGACUCUUCGGGCACGAGCUGCAACGCGGACCAGUCGAUAUUCAAGGGCAUCUGGACGAAACACGUGCAGUACUACCUCGACCAGGCGAACGACUCCGCCCGGACGGCGAAGUACAGCGCGUUCCUCGGCGCGCAGGCCGACGCGAUCAAUACGAACGCGAUUACCGCGGACAAGGAUGUGGGGAAUGUGUGGUAUGCGUCUGGUGGGGGGCAGGAGAACCCGCAGGCGAGCACGGCGGGGCUGGAGGCGUUUGUCGCGGAUGCGAAGUAUGGGCCUUGCUGAGAAGAGAGUGUUUGAGUUGGUUGGAAAAUUGCUUGGGUGAGGACUAUAGUGAAGACUCGUAUUUAUAACGGCAGCGAAUGGAUUUUACUUGGUCGUGAAUGCGACUUGAGUCGGGAG